AUGGCGCUCAUCAUCCGGGCCACAGUACUCAUCUUGACGAGUUUAGCUUGCGCUCAAGACUAUGACUCGUCCCCUCCAGUGUACCCGAGUCCUCUGACCUCAGGUAUUGGCUGGGAAACCGCCUUCACCCAAGCAGAAGCAUUCGUCUCAAACCUGACCCUAGAAGAGAAGGCCCAACUCGUCACCGGCACUUCAGGUCCAUGUGUCGGGAAUAUCGGCGCCAUCUCGCGUCUAGGCUUCAACGGCUUGUGUCUUCAAGAUGGGCCUUUGGCAAUCAGACAAGCCACGUAUGCGUCUGUGUUCCCAGCAGGCCUCACGACCGCAGCCUCAUGGGAUAGAGAGCUCAUGUAUGUUCGUGGAUUGUACUUGGGAGCUGAGUUCAGGGGCAAGGGAAGUCACGUCGCACUUGGUCCGGUCGUUGGACCGCUGGGCCGCUCAGCGUAUGGCGGGCGUAACUGGGAAGGCUUCUCCCCAGACCCAUACCUUACCGGUGUGGCCGCUGAACAUACCAUCUUGGGGACGCAGCAAAGCGGUGUCCAGGCUUGCUUAAAGCAUUACAUCGGAUACGAGCAGGAAACACAGCGAAACCCUGGACUUUCCGUUGACAAUAUUACGAUCGAGGCAAUUUCUUCGAAUAUCGACGAUCGAACGAUUCACGAGCUGUACCUAUGGCCCUUUGCAAAUGGUGUUCGUGCUGGAGUGGCCUCCAUAAUGUGCUCCUAUAACAGGGUCAACGGAUCUUAUGGGUGUCAAAACUCGAAGACACUCAACGGGCUGCUGAAAACGGAACUCGGCUUCCAAGGCUAUGUUGUGUCAGAUUGGGGUGGUACUCAUGCUGGGGUCGAUGCCAUCAACAGCGGACUAGACAUGGACAUGCCCGGACCCAUCGAUCGAUCCCAGAAUUCGUCUUUCUUCGGCGGCAACGUUACGGAAGCGGUCAACAACGGGACGCUCUCCGCAGAACGGGUUGAUGACAUGGCUCGACGGAUCAUGACACCUUACUUUUACCUGCAACAAACCAAUUUCCCACCUAUUGACGGCGAGGAGCCGACAUUGAAUGAUGAGUUUCCUCCCUAUGAAGAUCAAUUCAUUCUCGGCCCCUCAAACGUGGACGUCCGGGACCAUCAUGCCCAACUGAUACGUCAGCUGGGCGCUGCCGGUACUGUACUACUCAAGAAUACAAACAACAUACUUCCAUUGCAAGCGCCAAAAACGAUUGGAGUAUUUGGGAACGACGCAGGUGAUCUGGUCGAUGGCGAAUAUUUCUCCGGUUCCACUUUUCAGAAUCAGUUCGGUUUCGAAUAUGGCAACCUCCCCGUGGCCGGCGGCAGCGGCACAGGCCGUUUAUCAUACCUCGUAUCUCCGCUGGAAGCCAUCAAAGGCCGCGCUGUUCAAGACGGAACACUCGUGCAGUAUAUCUUGAACAACACGUUGAUUACUAGUCCUGGCGGCCUAGGCGGCAUCGUGCCUGUGCCAGAAGUCUGUCUUGUCUUCCUGAAGACUUGGGCUUCCGAGGGGAUUGACCGCGUCAGCCUCGAGGCAGACUGGAACAGCACGGGAGUGGUGCACUCUGUGGCCACAUACUGCAAUAACACUGUGGUAAUCACGAACUCCGGGGGCCUGAACGUGAUGCCGUGGGCGGAAAACCCAAAUGUGACGGCCAUAUUAGCCGCUCACCUACCCGGGCAAGAGUCCGGCAAUUCACUCGUUGACAUCCUUUAUGGUGCGGUCAAUCCGAGCGGUAAACUGCCCUAUACCGUCGCAUUGAACGAGAGUGACUACAACUAUGCGUUGAUCACAAACUCGACGGAACUGGUCGAAACCGAAAACCCGAACGCGUGGCAGUCCAACUUCACCGAAGGGCUGUUGAUCGACUACCGCCAUUUCGACUAUUACAAUCAAUCGGUCGCAUUCGAGUUUGGGUUCGGCCUGUCAUACACGACCUUCAACAUGUCCGGUCUGAGUGUUGCGGAGACGGUGUUCGGCAACAUCAGUUCCUUGCCCGACCCAGUUCUCCCUGUUCCCGGUGGCAAUCCGUCGCUCUGGGGCGUGUUGUACACCGUGAACGUCACCGUCACCAACACAGGCAACGUGACAGGUGCCACUGUGCCACAGUUAUAUUUGUCCCUACCCCAGAUUCCGGACGUCGGGCCGACACCGGUCAAUGUAUUGCGCGGAUUUGACAAGAUCACGCUGCAAGCCGGCGAGAGCCGGUGGGUGUUGUUUCCCCUGACACGGCGGGACCUGAGUUACUGGAGUGUAUCAAUACAAAACUGGGUGAUUCCUUCAGGGUCUAUCGGUAUUAAUGCAGGGUUUAGUAGUCGCGACAUCCGGCAGUCCUCGCAGAUGACGGUGGUUUGA